CUUUUACAACACGUGGUGGCACUACAGACCGUGACUUUGAGAGUUAUCUGAGCUCCUCCUUUACAGCAUGAGAACAAGAGGAAAUGUUGAAGGCGUGUAAAUAACCAAGGCUCACAGUAGCUACUGCGUCGUGAUGUCGGAUUGUGUCUAGAGAGGUCUGUUUAGUUGUUUUAAUAGCUUUUACGGUAAAUAAUCGCAGGAUAUUAUUGUGCACAAUCAUGGAUCUAACAGAAUCUUACGGCUUCUGGAUCGUUUUAUUUCUAUCUUUAUGGAAAUCUUCGCUUGGUCAAAUUGUCUAUUCCGUCUCCGAGGAGGUAAAUAAGGGAACUGUGAUCGGGAAUAUAGCAAAAGACCUGAAGAUCAGUGCUCAGGAACUAGAAUCACGCAUGUUUCAGAUUAUGCCUGGAUCAAAUGCAAAGUAUUUUGAUGUAAAUGUGAAAACGGGCUCGCUGUUUGUCAAAGACCGGAUUGAUCGUGAGGAGCUGUGUGGCAGCAAUCAGAAAUGUGCGUUGAAUUUAGAGGCUCUUGCUCAAAAUCCGCACAGACUUUACCGGAUUGAAAUUAUAAUUUUGGAUGUCAAUGACAAUGCUCCCUUUUUUCCAGAAAGCAUGUAUGUUGUUAAUGUUACAGAGAUAGCUAAUGAAGGAGACAGAUUUCCUCUUCCGAUUGCAAAAGAUUCAGAUGUUGGCAGUAAUUCUCUGAAAGACUACAAACUCAGUUCAAAUCAAUAUUUUACUUUAGAUAUUCAUAGUGGUCAAAAGAGUAUGUUGGCUGAAUUAGUGCUACAGAAAUCUUUAGACAGAGAAAAACAAGCUGUUAUUCACAUAAUACUCACCGCUAUUGACGGAGGAAAACCUCCUAAAUCUGGAACAGUGAGUAUUGCUGUUAAUAUCAUGGAUGUAAACGAUAAUAAACCUAUUUUCAGCAAACCUUUGUAUAAAGUCAAAGUGAAAGAAAACACAAUGAUUGGAGCCAAAAUAAUCUCUGUUUCUGCCAGUGAUUUGGAUGAGGGCAUAAAUAGUGAAAUUCAAUAUUCAUUUCUUGGCCAUGAAAAUACAGAUGAAACAAACCGGUUUACAAUUAAUUCAGAAUCGGGGGAAAUCGCUGUUCAAGGACAAAUUGACUAUGAAGAAGACUCUGCAAUUGAGCUGCGCGUUCAGGCGAGAGAUAAAGGCGUUCCUCCUAAAAGUACACACUGUAAAGUUUUAAUAGAAGUUGUAGAUGAGAAUGACAACGUGCCAGAGAUAGUGACGACUCCUCUGUUGGAAAGUGUGAAAGAAGAUGCAAAAUCAGGAACUGCAGUUGCUUUAGUCACGGUGUCUGAUAAAGAUGGAGGUAAAAAUGGCAUUGUACACUGUGCUCUGAAGGGCUCUUUUCCUUUCAAACUAGAGACGUCAUAUAACAAUCACUAUUCUCUAGUGGUAGAUGGACCUCUGGACAGAGAGAGUGUUUCUCUGUAUAACAUCACAAUUACAGCUGCAGAUGAAGGAACUCCGUCUCUUUCCAGCAGCUCUGUUAUAACUGUUCAUAUCUCUGAUGUUAAUGACAAUGCUCCACAUUUCCCCGCGCCCGUUAUUAACACUUUUCUAAGUGAGAAUGGUCAAGCUGGAGGUCUCAUGACAAAAGUGUCAGCUGAUGAUUCAGACACUGGUGAAAACGCAGAACUUUCAUAUUCACUGUUAGACAGUUCCAGCUCCAGUGUUCCUAUAACAACUCUGAUAAAUAUAAACUCUUUAAGUGGAGAAAUAUUCAGUUUACAGUCAUUUAAUCACGAAGAAACAAAAAGAUUCCAGUUUCAUGUCAUGGCAACAGACUCUGGUGUUCCUCCUCUGAGCAGCAAUGCGACUGUAAAUGUGUUUAUUCUGGAUGAGAAUGACAACAGUCCAGUUAUUUUACCGCCUUAUUCUGAACCUGGAUCAGUUAAUAGUGAGAACAUUCCCUACUCUGCUGAAGCGGGAUACUUUGUAGCCAAGAUCAGAGCUGUUGAUGCUGACUCUGGAUAUAACGCACUUCUGUCUUAUCAUCUAACUGAACCCAAAGGAACGAAUCUCUUCCGCAUUGGAAGCAGCUCUGGAGAAAUAAAGACUAAGAGACGAAUGAGUGACAAUGACUUAAAAACUCACCCACUUCUCAUCACAGUGUCUGAUAAUGGAGAGCCAUCACUCUCAGCGACUAUGUCCAUGGAUGUUGUAGUCGUUGAGAGUCUGGAUGACAUAAAGACAUCAUUCAGAGAAGUUCCUGUUAAAGAGGAGAGUUUUUCAGAUCUGAAUCUGUAUCUGCUCAUCGCUAUUGUCUCAGUAUCAGUCAUCUUUUUACUGAGUCUGGUGGGUUUGAUAGCAGCUAAAUGCUACAGGACAGACGGCAGUUUCAGCAGGUACAGCGCUCCAGUGAUCAGCACACAUCCAGACGGAAGCUGGUCCUUCUCUAAAUCCACUCAACAGUACGAUGUGUGUUUUAGUUCGGACACAAUAAAGAGUGAUGUAGUCGUUUUCCCCUCGCCGUUUCCGCCAGCAGACGCAGAAUUGAUCAGCAUUAAUGGAGAAGAUACUUUUACGCGCACGCAAACCCUUCCGAGCACUGAGAAGGUAAGACAGUGUUACUUGCUUCUGUAGUGCAUUUCAUUUGUACUUUUACCCAAGAUUUGUAAAAUUAACAUUUGAGAAACAA